AAGUCUGGAUCUUGUGAACCUGUAGUCACCAUGCUUGUGCGACUAUCACAAACUAAAUGUCAACGCCAGUAACAUAUUCUAAUAAAACCAGCCUCCACAGUGCCAACAUAGCCUAUAAGGAAAUCAACAUCGCCCAUGGUCAUGCAACCCAUGAAGAACACAAUCGUCCUCGCCUUUUCUUUCUUCGCAGUCUUUACCGCUUAUCAGGGAAUAUUAAAUAUUGCGAGCAGCAUCAACCAGGAUAAGGGACUUGGAGUUGCCUCCCUCUCUUGUAUAAAUGUCAGUUGCAUUGUGACGGCAUUAUUGGGUCCAUUGUAUAUACAAUGUGUAGGGUUAAAGACAUCCUUUAUUCUUGCCUUCUUUGCCCAUUGUCUAUACUGCCUCAGUAAUUUUCAUCCAACAUGGUGGAUAUUGAUGCCAUCGUCCGUCCUUUUAGGUCUUACAUUAUCACCCAUGUGGAUUGCUCGUCAUCUGUACAUCACAACAAUGGGAAAAUAUGACUGCCAGAGCAAGCAGGAAGAUAAUCAUGGCUCGCUCAGCAAACAUAAUGGGAUUUUCUUUGCCUUCUUUAGUUUGGCCCAAGUGACAGGGAACCUUUUCUCGUCUGUUGUCUUACAUCAGAGUUCAACUGACCAAUCAGAUCUCAAGCAGGCAUAUAUCUGUGGAGCUGACGAUUGCCCAGGGAUAGAAAACAAGACGACAAUGAUCAUUCGUCCGGACACUCCUGUUCUCAAUCUUCUGUUAGGAAUCUAUCUUACGUGUCAGUUGAUCGGACUGCUGGUAACCAUGUUGUUCCUUAGACCGCUGAAGAUGGAAGGGAGCGACCGAAAGAAUGUGAUAGAGAAACCACCAGCUUGCUUUGGUGUUUUAAGGCAGAAGACGUUACUUCUGCUGAUUCCUUUGAAACUUUCCCAGGCUGUCAACACUUCUAUCAUGAUCACAGGCUUUACUAAGGCUUUCGUCAGCUGUUCUGCCGGUGUGAAGAUGGUAGGCUUCGUUAUGAUGACGAGCGGCUUAAUAUCGUCAGUUUGCGCUGUAACCUUCGGUCAUGGCGCUACAUACACAGGCCGCAAACCUCUCAUGGCCAUUACCCUGAGCACAGACUUCGUCACCCUGUUGUCUCUUUUACUAUGGAAACCGAUGGCUGGAGAAACGUACCUCCUGUUUAUAGUGCCGUCAAUAUGGGCAGUCGGGGACGGCAUCUGGAAGAGCCAAAUCAUGUCACUGAUCGCCAUCACCUUUCCUGGGGGGCACCAGCAGCUGGCCGGCUUCGCUAGUAUUGUUGCCAUGGGGGAUAUUGGCUUCACGUUCGUCCUCAUCACAGAUCGGCUGUUGUGUCUGAGAAUCAAGUUGUAUGUAGCGAUAUUUCUGUGGGCCGCCGCCAUUGUCAGUUACGUUAUUCUCGAGGUUGUACUCACCGCUGAAUCGCAGAACACCAUUUGUCACUACCAUGGUGCCAAUGAAGCAUCAGAUGAUGUCGUCACAGUGAGAUUACCUCAUGCUGACGCCAACAAAUAUAGAUGAUGUCGUCCUAAGUGAUGACGUCACAGUGAGAUUACCUCAUGCUGACG